UAUAUCUCUGCCUCCCAAUGAGCUGCUUGUGUUCGACUCGUGCCCGAAUCGCCUCUUCUUUGUCCAUUUCUUCCCAAGUGUCAUCAUCAUGGUGAAGUGCUACCCAUCUGUGAGUGAGGAGUAUCAGAAAGCCAUUGAAAAGGCGAAGAGGAAACUCAGGGGAUUCAUUGCUGAGAAGAAUUGUGCUCCUUUGAUUCUUCGUCUUGCAUGGCACUCUGCUGGAACCUUUGAUAAGAAAUCUAGGACUGGUGGUCCGUUUGGAACUAUUAGGUUCCCUAAUGAGCUCGCUCAUGGUGCCAAUAAUGGCCUUGACAUUGCUGUUAGGCUCUUGGAGCCCAUCAAGGAACAGUUCCCAAUCCUUUCAUAUGCUGACUUUUACCAGUUGGCUGGUGUUGUUGCUGUUGAGAUUACUGGAGGGCCUGAGAUUCCUUUUCACCCUGGUAGAGAGGACAAGCCUGAGCCACCCCCAGAAGGUCGCUUGCCUGAUGCUACCAAGGGUUCUGAUCACCUGAGGGAUGUUUUCUACACCAUGGGCCUUUCCGACCAGGACAUUGUCGCCCUCUCCGGCGGUCACACACUGGGUAGAGCACACAAGGAACGAUCCGGUUUCGAGGGGCCAUGGACUUCGAACCCUCUCAUCUUCGAUAAUUCGUACUUCAAGGAACUCUUGGCCGGGGAGAAGGAAGGUCUUCUGCAGUUAGUAUCAGACAAGGCACUCCUUAGCGAUCCCGUCUUCCGUCCCCUUGUCGAGAAAUACGCUGCGGAUGAGGAUGCUUUCUUUGCUGAUUAUGCUGAAGCUCACCAGAAGCUUUCCGAGCUAGGAUUUGCUGAUGCUUGAGCUAGUGGCAUGGGGAGAUGAGGGUGCUGGCUAUUGUUUAUGUUGGCUUUGAUUUGUAAUGAAAUGGGUUGGUGGGUUGGGUGGCUGUUUUUUUGGGACAUGUUUGAAUUUGGGCUGUCUUGUUGGAAAACUUGAGCAGAAUGUAAUGUUUGGUCUCCCUGUCUCUUUGGACUUCAAUAAUUUUGCUGGAAAACUUAUGAAAUUUUCGUGUUUUUUAUAGGUCAA